AUGAUAAAAAUUUUCGACUUUUUGUGGCUGCCACAGCUAUCUAUUCAAAGCUUCCUCUUUGCAAGCUUUCUUGGCCUGAUUACCAUUACAUUAUACCGUAAUUUUAUUGUCCCCUAUCGCAAGCUGAGCAAAUUAGGAAUUAAUGUUUCACCACCUAUGCCUUUAUUAGGCAAUAUGCUGGAUUAUGGUUCCACUAAUCGACAUAUUGCUCAAGUAAAGAGACAAGAAUUAUAUGGCAAUGUCUGCGGAACAUUAUUCUUUCACAUACCUAAUCUGUGGGUUGGUGAUCCCGAAAUGUUAAAGAUAAUAACAGUCAAGGAAUUUUCUAAUUUUGCUAAUCGAUUUUCUUUGACUAAACCGCGUCCCCCUUUUGAUAAAACAGUGGUACAAUUGAAGGAUCAAGAUUGGAAACGUGUAAGAACAAUUCUUAUACCCACCUUUAGUACUUCAAAAUUGAAAGGAAUCAUGCCACUUAUUACCGACGCCGGCGACAAUCUCAUCAAGACGAUGUCAAAAGCUGAAGAAGAAGGAAGAGCAAUCGAUAUGUGGCGUACUUGUGGUGUAUAUACAAUGAAAGUUAUCCUAGCCACGGUAUUCGGUAUCGAUUUUGAAUCAAAAGAGCAAGAAAAGAAAUUAACUGAAUCAGCUGCUAGGUUAUUUCGUAAUACUAAUGGCGUUAUACAAUUCUUUUCUAUAUUUCUUACCCCACUAUUUCGCAUGGUCGAGCCUCUACUUGGUGGUAACUUAGUCAAGUCGACCAUAUACUUAGCUAAGACAGCAGAAAAUGUCUUGAGAGAAAGAAGAAGAAAUUUAAAAAAUGGUAUCCCUUGCCGAAGAGAUAUUCUACAACAAAUGAUCGAAGCUGGUGAUGGUGACAAGCUCACUGACGAAGAAAUUAUUGCUCAAGCAUUUAUCUUUCUGAUCGCUGGUUAUGAUACUACUGCUAAUACACUGGGAUUUGCAUCAUACUCACUGGCUACAAAUCCAGACGUGCAAAAGAAAUUAAGAGAUGAAAUUGAUUCACUCUGUCCUGAUGCAAAUUCAAUCGACUACGAUACUCUAUUCAGCUUACCUUACUUAGAUAUGGUCAUUUCCGAAACAUUACGAAUGUAUCCUCCAGCUUAUUUUGUUAACCGUGAAGCUAAAGAAGAUAUCACGAUUAAUGGUCUUCUUGUUCCUAAAGAUAUUAUGGUUAGCUUCCCAAUCUACGGUAUUCAUCAUAAUCCAGAAUUAUGGCCUAAGCCUAAUGAAUUUAUACCAGAACGCUUUUCACCUGAAGAAAAAGCUAAACAGAUACCGUGUAGCUAUCUACCAUUUGGAGGAGGUCCACGUAACUGUGUAGGGAUGCGAUUAGCUUUGCUCGAAGCAAAGUUAGCCUUGGUUAAGAUUAUACAAAAUUUCGAAUUGAAAACAGUAGCCGAGACGGAAAUACCACUAAAGCUACGAAGUGGAACUACUCUAUCUCCAUUUAACGGAGCAUACGUCGGUCUAACCCGAAGAUAUUAA